AUGACUGCGGCAACCCUUCUGAACAGCCUCUUCGGCCAGAUCCCGCUCUUGGUCGUCAUGUACUAUGAGCAGGAGUUCCUGGAGAUCCCUGGUGCCGUCGCCAGUCUGACGGCGACGGGGCGCGUCUGGGUAGUCCUCAGCUGCGCCGUCGGCGUCGGUGCGAGCUACGUCAGCGUCUGGGCGCAGAGCCGCAUCAGCGCCACCAGCUUCCUCGUUCUGAUGAACGCCAACAAGUUCUUGAUCAUAUCCGUAAGGGCUUUCUGCCUCAGCACGACGCCGCUCACGCCGUCCUCUGUUGCCAGUGCGUGUGUCGCGGUCAUGGGAGGCAUCUGUUAUUCGAACUCGCGGCCCAGCGGCGCGGCCAGGGCGGGGAAGGCCGCGGGGGAGAAGCAGCCGCUCGUCCAGAAGCAGCCGCAGCCUGCAGUCUGA